CAGGUUUUUGCUACUCCGGAAACUCAAAUUGGAUUCCAUCCUGAUGCUGGGGCUUCUUUCUAUCUUUCUCAUUUGCCUGGCUAUUUAGGGGAGUACUUGGCUCUAACUGGAGAGAAGCUUAGUGGAGAAGAAAUGAUAGCUUGUGGCCUUGCAACACACUUCUCACACAGUGCGAGGCUAAGCUGGAUUGAAGAACGUCUUGGUAAGUUGAUCACUGAUGAUCCUUCUAUUAUUGAAACAUCUCUUGAGCAAUACGGUGACGUUGUCUAUCCUGAUAAGAGCAGUGUGCUUCACAGGAUUGACAUGGUUGACAAGUGCUUUUGCCAUGACACGGUCGAGGAAAUUUUAGACGCUCUGGAAACAGAGGCAGCUAGAUCGUCUGAUAAUUGGUGUUACAAAAUGAUAACAAGGUUGAACGAAGUUUCACCUUUAAGUUUGAAGGUUGCACUGAAAUCUAUACGUGAAAGUAGAUAUCAGCCCCUGGACCAAUGCCUGAUCCGUGAGUAUCGCAUAUCUGCACAUGCCAUGUCCAGGCAUGUCUCCAAUGACUUCUGUGAGGGAAUUCGGGCACGCCUAAUUGACAAAGACUUUGCCCCAAAGUGGGACCCUCCCAGCUUGGAGCAAGUGUCGCAAGACAUGGUGGACGAUUAUUUCUCCCCGCUCGGUGAAUAUGAGGCAGAUCUUGAGCUACCCACAAAGCUACGAGAAGCUUUUGUUUGAUCAUGUGUUCAGCUGUGCCCUCGAUUUUAUGGGCCUUUUGUAUUGCCCAAAUGUAGUUUCAUAAUUUGGGCUCACCCUUGUUAAGUCUGGUUUAUCGAGGGUGUGAUAUCUAUGUAAAUUUGAUCCAGAUUGCUGGUUGCUCUAUUAGUCUCAAUACAAAUUUCAAUUUCCUUAAGUGAGUUUUUCAAGUAUCAGUUCAAAUUAUGAAGAUUUUGUUUUGG